AUGUCACGUUGCAGACUGACCCCUCCAGUCCUGCUGCUCUUAGUGGUCCUGCAGGGGGCUGCAGUGCUCCUGCUGUUCGGCUGGUACGUCCAGAUCAUCCCCUGCGGCCCCCGCCCCGAACAGGGCAAGGUGCACGUCCUCCUGCUGUCAUCAUGGCGAUCGGGCUCGUCCUUUCUGGGCGAAGUGUUCAGCCAGAACCCGUCUGUGUUCUACUUGAUGGAGCCCGCCUGGCACGUGUGGACCACGCUGAAGAGGCCUGGCGCCAGGGCCCUGCGCAUGGCCGUCAGGGACCUGCUCCGCAGCAUCUUCCAGUGCGACAUGUCGACCUUGGACGCCUACAUGCCUGAGCAGCACAGCCUCUCCUCCAUCUUCAUGUGGAGCCACAGCCGGGCCCUCUGCUCCCCGCCCUCCUGCCCCCUCACCCCCAGGCACCUGUUCAGCAACGAGACCGCCUGCCGCAAGCACUGCAUCUCCGCCGGCGGCCUGCAGAAGGCGGCCGACGCCUGCCAGACCUACAGCCACGUGGUCCUGAAGGAGGUCCGUUUCUUCGAGCUGGAGUCUCUCUACCCGCUGCUGCAGGACCCCACCCUCGACCUGCGCAUCAUCCACCUGAUCCGGGACCCGCGGGCCGUGGCCCGGUCCAGGGAGCAGGCAGCCAACGCCCUGAGUCAAGACAAUGCCCUGGUGCUGGAGCAGGGAGACUGUGAGGGUAAGAGGACGGGCAAGGACCCAGACGCCAAAGAGCUGUAUGCCGUCAUGCAGGAGGUGUGUCGGAGCCACGUGAGAAUCCAUGAGACGGCGGUGCUCAAGCCGCCGGACUUCCUGCGCGGACGCUACAAGAUGGUCCGCUACGAGGACAUGGUGCGCAACCCACUGCAGGAGAUCAACAAAAUGUACCAGUUUGUGGGCUUGGAGAUGACAGAGAAGCUGCAGGAGUGGAUCUACAGGGUUACCCACGGCAAGGGCAAGGGCACCCAGAAGGAGGCGUUCCAGAUCACGUCCCGGAACGCGGCGGACGUGUCGCAGGCCUGGCGAUCGUCGCUGGCCCACAGCAAGGUGAAGCGUAUCCAGGAAGUGUGCAAGGGCGCCAUGUCCAUGCUUGGAUACAGGAUGGUCGACACCGAGAACGAGCAGAAGAAGCUGGAUGUUGAUCUCCUGUUGGCACGGGAACAGUACCAUUUCAGCUGGCAAACAUCCAAAACAGAAACCACAGACAUGAACUGA